AUGAAAGCUCUGGUGAUUGACGCUGAAACAUGUCCUGAUGAUGCGAAUGCAAAUUUAGAGCUUUUAAUACGUAAUGUUAAUCAGCUCAAAAAGGAAAUCGAUGUCGAAAGUCUCGGAUUUGACCAUCCUAUAUGUUCUGGAGUUCUUGAUGCUAAAUCUGAACCUUUCAAAGAGAUGCCUUUAUCACUUUGCGAUAUUUUCAAGGAACCUUUCCAGGAUUAUAAGUUAGAUCGUAAUGAUUUCGUUGUGGAGACUU